GUAAGUUCAGGUCAGUGUGCACACACACAACACAGUACCACACGGUACCAAACGCACUUCGCACUGGAAUGAAUGCAUUAUAAAUUUUUCUUUUUCGUCCUGUCCGAAAAGCAACAUGGCUGCUGACUCAGGAAUGGAUACGUGCCCUAGCCCUGAAAUAGCGGACUCUAGAAAAAGGCCCCUCGAUGGAGAUACGGAUGAUACUGACACGAAAAGGUCGCAUUUCAGCACAGGAGGCGAUGGCACGUAUCACUUUAAAACAUUGGUCCCGUCAGUGGCGGCGGGUGCAAUCAUCGGCAAGGGGGGCGAAACUAUCGCACAACUGCAAAAGGACACUGGAGCACGCGUCAAGAUGUCGAAAUCACAUGACUUUUAUCCAGGAACGUCGGAGCGGGUUUGUUUGAUAACAGGAAGCGUGGACGCUAUCAUGCAGGUAUUGGACUUUAUAAUGGACCGAAUCAGGGAAAAACCGGAUAUCAGCAAACAACAACAACAACAAAACGCUACUCUACAACAGCAACAACAAUUAGCCGGAGCUGGUGAUGUUAACGGGAUAAGCGCUUUGGCGGGUACGCAAGAUAGAGAUAAACAAGUAAAAAUUUUAGUACCAAACUCAACGGCUGGUAUGAUUAUUGGCAAAGCUGGUAAUUACAUUAAACAAAUCAAAGAGGAGACGGGAUCUUAUGUACAAAUUUCUCAGAAAGCCAAAGAUCUAUCUUUACAAGAACGAUGCAUUACUGUUAUAGGUGAUAAGGAUUCAAACAAGGCAGCUUGCAUGAUGAUUUUAGCAAAAGUUGUAGAUGACCCACAAUCUGGGACGUGUUUAAAUGUUUCUUACGCCGACGUUGCUGGACCAGUCGCGAAUUUCAAUCCUACUGGAUCCCCGUAUGCGGCUCAUCAGCAGCAACAAGGUGUUGCUGGUGUUGGUCCAGGAACAGCCGGUAGCAUUUUAGUAAAUGGAGUAGGAGCCACAGCUGCUGCUGCAGCCGGUUUACAAUUAUCCUUAAACUUGUUAGGACCACAAAAUGCAGCUCCCAACGCUGCUCUUGCUGCGCAAUUUGUAGAUCAUAUUAAGCUGCAAUUACGCAAUUCAAGUUACAGCGAGCCGGCGGCAUCUGAGAUAUGUGCUGCUCUUUUGGUUUUGGCCAGGCAUGGAGCUUUGGGCGUGGGCUUGGGCGCCGCUUUGGGGGCUGCACAGGUGCAUCACCAACAGCAACAACAAAAUAACGCUGCCGCCGCAGCAGCUGCAUCAGCCGCUGCUGUGACAUCUGCUGCAGCGGCAGGCCAAGCCCUAGGCUACCUGGGCGGUGUUCAGGCCAUGGAUCAUUCGACAGCGGGGGUAUUUGGGGCAAUUGGGCAAGUCAGUCUCGGUGAGUGGAUUGAAAACAACCCGUAUCACUUAGGCACGACAAAUUCUCCAACACCACGUGGGCCCUUAGAACGCUUUGCAGAGGCGGCGUUUGACCCUUUCAGGCACGCCGCCACUGCUCCGGUUGCAUUAAACAACAAUAGUUUCGGUUUGGCCACAGGAGGAGCUCAGCAGGCACUAGGUGCUGCUCAAGCUUUGGGAGCUCUAUCUAAGAGUCCAACUCCGGGCGAUAUUGGAAGCAAGGAUGCUAAGAACGUUGAGAUUGCCGAAGUUAUUGUCGGAGCAAUAUUAGGCCCUGGCGGUCGUAGUUUGAUCGAAAUCCAGCACUUAUCCGGUGCUAACAUCCAGAUUUCGAAGAAAGGUAUCUUUGCACCAGGUACCAGGAAUCGAAUUGUGACGAUACACGGCUCCCCGAGUGCCAUCGGCACCGCCCAGUACUUGAUCGAGCAGCGCAUUGCCGAGGAGGAAGUGAAACGCGCCAGGCACAACGCGCUCUCGACUCUAAUGCAAUGAACCACGCUCUUGGACGGAUGAUUCGGCUAAGGAGCAGAUAGUCGAGGCCCAGCUUUAUCUAAACAGCACUACCUAUCGUGAUAAUAUGAAUUCCAUUGAAAA